CCUGCGUAAACAAGAGGUAAGAUUCUCAGGUUAGAUAGAUUCAUAGGCUUUUCAAGUGGUUUAUGAAGUAAGACACGUUUCAAAAGUUAUCUAUCGGUUAAUUAGGAAGCAACAUCUUUCAAAUUCAACUGCAUAAGAUUCCUAGCCAAGAUUGACCUAUAUAGGCCUUUCAAGUGUCCAGAUAUCGCUGUUAAAUACCCCGAUUACACAAAUUUCGGAUCUCGUGAGGAGAUAGCGCGAAGUUCAUCACGACUGGCCCACUUAAUCGCUCUGCAGUCUUCGUCUUCGUCUCUAUCUCUUAUCGUUGUCAGCCGAACACCUUCCCCAAAACUAACAGAACUGAACUGAACUGAACUGUCCGAUGAUAACUGCCUACGCAUUCACAUAUUCGCACAGUCGCUUUCAGUAAUAACCCCGUCGACUGGCGGCCGCUUGACCACUCGUCUGCCCACGCUGGAGUGGAUCGGAUCGGCUCGUUCCCUUUAAACUGCAGCCAGGCUCCACUGAACCGGAGUCCAGCAAGCGUGAAUCUAACAAGUGACCGCUAAUUAAUCAUCCACAACGUGUAAUCCAAAUCAAAAGUUCCUCUAGUAUUGGCCGAUCGAUCGUAAAGUGCUUCAAAGAUCUUGUCGACAUGCGCGAUAACGAAGAUGAUCUCUAUCGGGAGCGCCUGCCAAAUGUUUGCGGUGCCGUGGGCUCAAAGGCGAGGAGCUGCUGCAGCAUGCGCUCCGUGCACAGAUACCUGCCCGUCACUGAUUGGCUGCCGAAGUACCAGUUGAGCUUUCUGGCCAUGGAUGUGGUGGCGGGUCUCACCGUGGGCCUCACAGCCGUUCCACAGGCCAUAGCCUAUGGAGCUGUGGCCAAUCUGCCGCCAGCCUAUGGGCUCUACUCCGCUUUUAUGGGUGGAUUUGUGUACAUACUGCUCGGAACCUGCAAGGACAUCACAGUGGGCCCCACGGCCAUCAUGGCGCUAAUGGUGCAGCCAUAUGUGAACGGCAACCCGGCGUAUGCGGUGCUGAUAUGCUUCAUGUCCGGCUGCAUCAUCACCCUAAUGGGCUUACUCAAUCUCGGAGUGCUCAUGCGGUUUAUAUCGGUGCCGGUGACGACGGGUUUUACGAUGGCAGCCGCCAUAACCAUUGCCACCGGCCAGGUUAAUAGCCUCUUCGGCAUCAGCAGUAGUGCCAGUGGGUUCCUUAACAGCUGGAUAUACUUCUUUGGCCACAUAACGCACACACGCCGCAACGAUGCCAUCCUGGGCUGCGGCACACUCGUACUCCUGCUGCUCAUGAGGCAACUUAAAGACCUGCCUUUUGGCAUCAAAAGCGUGUGGAAGUAUAUUUCGCUGGCCCGCAAUGCUGUGGCCGUGUUAAUUGGCAUACUGCUGUGCUAUCUCCUGAAAAGCGAUGGCAAGCUGCCCUUUCUAGUCAGCGGCAGCAUCACACCAGGCCUGCCGCCCUUCAAGCCUCCUCCCUUUCACACGGAGGAUCCAGAGACGGGGGAAACCAUCAGCUUUGGUGGCAUGAUUUCAACCGUGGGCACUGCCCUGGUGUCCAUUCCACUGUUGUCUAUAUUGGAGAGCAUAGCUGUGGCCAAGGCCUUCUCGAAGGGCAAGAUUGUGGACGCAUCGCAGGAGAUGAUUGCCCUGGGCGUCAGCAACAUCCUCAGCAGCUUCUUCUCCUCCAUGCCCAUCACUGGUUCCUUCACAAGGACAGCCAUCAACAAUGCCAGUGGAGUGAGAACCCCGCUGGGUGGUGCGGUUACCGGCGCUCUCGUUCUCAUGACCCUGGCCUUCCUCACCUCCACGUUUGCCUACAUUCCCAAGGCGACCCUGGCAGCCAUUAUCAUUGCGGCCAUGUUCUUUAUGGUGGAGUACGAGACCAUUGGCGAGAUUUGGCGGGCUAAGAGUGAGUGUUGCGUGGGAAUAGGAACCACGUGUAGUUGUAGUAACUCUGGAUAUCUUGCAGAGCGCGAUAUGCUGCCUUUCCUGGUAACCGUGUUGACCUGCGUCUUCUGGACCCUGGAGUACGGCAUGGUGGUGGGCAUUGUCUUCAAUGCGCUGUUCCUGCUCUACAAGAGCAUGAAGCCGCAGUUUUACUUGACAACCGAGAAGUUUAAUGGCGUCGAGGUGACCAUGGCCGACCUCAAGGGUAGCGUGGAUUACGCGGCAGCCGAGUACUUGAAGAUGUCGAUUGUGUCGCACGUGACGCAAAGGAACAGCGAGGGAGGUGCUCCCACCACACUGGUGGUCAUUAAGGGGCACGAGAUCGCCUCAAUUGAUACGACCGUGGCUUUGAACCUGAAAUCGCUGCGCGAAGAUCUCGCCCUGUUGAAGUGCGACAUGAUCUGCUGGAACUGGAGUAUUCCGGCGGCGGGAGUAAUUUGCCGGAUGGAUAGGAAGCUGCGCAGUAUGUUCAAGUUCUCGAAAAGCUUUCCCGACCUAAUGCAAACAAUUGCGGAUGCCGAGGCAGCCGAUUCGUGUAUCGCCGUUGACUUGAGUCAAUAAAGAGUGCUCUUUUGUCUA